UUUUUCUUUUUCUAAAAAAUGCUUCAUUACAAACAAACAACACUGCAGGCUGCGAAAAUCUUCUUCCUUCCAGGGCAGAGCAGCUAGGGUUCUGCCGGGGUUUCGAAGAGCAGCAACAGCGUAAAGUUCAAAUGUUCAAUGGCACCACCUGGUAAAGAAUCGUCCUUUCUUGAAGAGGAUUUAAUGGAAGAUGAUUAUAUUGAAUCGGAAUCGGAAUCAGGAUCAGAAGAGGAAGAAAGAGAUGUUAAGUUGGUUGAACCUUCAAAGAAUGCAAUAUUCAACCGAGAUGGUCUCAUUGAGAAACUAAACGAUAUCACCUGGCCGGAGGAUGUUGAAUGGGUACACAGACUUUCCAUUGAUAUUGACCAAGAGAAAGAGGUAGAUGUGAAUGAUGACCUUGCAAGAGAGUUGGCUUUCUACACGCAGGCUUUGGAGGGAACGAGGCAGGCGUUUGAGAAGCUUCAGUCAAUGGGGCUGCCUUUUCUUAGACCUUCUGACUAUUAUGCAGAAAUGGUUAAGACGGAUGUGCAUAUGGAGAAGGUGAAAGGUCGGCUCUUGGCAGAAAAGAAAAAAAUUGAGGAGGCUGAGGAGAGGAAGAAGGCUAGGGAAGCCAAGAGACUAGCUAAGGAGAUUCAGGCUGAAAAGUUGAAGGAGAGAGCUAAGCAGAAGAAACAAGAAAUUGAGGCUGUUAAGAAGUGGAGGAAGCAGAGGCAGAGGAAUGGCUUCCCCGAGACUGGCAAAGACAGUGAGCUGGAUUUGGCCUUUGAAGACGGGAAAGCAUUUGAGAGGUCAAAUAAGAAAAGGCCAGGGGUUUCUCCUGGGGAUCGUUCUGGGGGGAAAGCACGGCAAGGUGGUGGUUUUAAGGGAAAGAAAGGUAAAAAUAGGGAGUUUAGGAAUUCCAAAUUUGGGUUUGGUGGGGGGAAAGGUUUAAAGAAGCAGAAUACUGCCGAAACCACAAAUGAUUUGAGAGGCUUCAAUCAAGGCAGUGCUGCUGGAAACAAGAAAAGAAAGAGGUGAUACUGACGUGAUACUGGCUAUUGAGCCCUUUUUUUUCCCCUGCUAUGUAACUCUUUUGUUGUUUGUCUCCAAGUUAAAGCAUUACCUUCUAGUAUUUCAAUUGACUAAUGACUAAUCUCAUUUUGAGGUCAUAAUUUUGCUGGUGGGAAUUUAUAAUUAUGAAAAUUAGAAUCUUAUUUCAACUUCUUUCAUUGCUGAGAAUGUAUCAUUCGGCUUGUUAUGAAGCCCAAGCCUAGCAUAUUUUGGUAGUAGAUUAUUCAUGUCAAAAGAAUGGCCAAAUCCAUGGGACAAUCUGCUGUCUGAUAUUGUGGCCGAGAGAAAGCCUGCCU